GCCUGCUCUUCUCUCGUCCUCUGCCCGUCCGUCGCAUCGACAGGAGCUUCCAUCGUCGACUUGCGAUCCCGAGCUGCGCCCUUGGCGACCUUGGCCGAGCGGUGGCUGCAGACAGAGCGUGGACGGUGGCGCCGGCGAGCCGUUACACUCACACAACACUGGACGCACACAGACAGCUCAAGGGAUACGAGCAGAUGCAGGCAGAAGAAAGGGACGGCUGGUCCUCAGAGGCCUACGCAGCGGCGGCGGGCUUCGUGCCCCGGCUGACGGACUCGGUGCUGCAGCUGCUGCAGCCUCGCCGCGAGGACAGAGUGCUCGAUGUCGGCUGCGGCGACGGCCAGUUCACGGCCAGGUUCGUCUCUGCCGUCGGCGCCGUGCUGGGACUCGACUCGUCGCCGGCCAUGGUCGAGGCUGCUCGCGUGCGGCUGGCGGGAUCUUCGUCCCCAGCGGCCUUCCGGGUGCUCGACUGCAGGCUGCUCGGGCAGACCGAGAUUGUCGACGGCUCCUGGGACAAGGUGUACGAUCUACAUACCCUAUGACUACUACGAAUAGCUACAAGGGCGUUUUGUGCUGUGUUGUGCUGUGUUGUGCUGUGUUGACUGUUGAUAGAGUGUCCAACGCAGCGCUGCACUGGAUCCUGAGAGACGCCAGCACCAGAAUCCCCGUCCUGCAGGCCAUCUUCGACUGCCUCAAGCCCGGUGGCGUCUUUGUCUUCGAAAUGGGCGGCCACGGCAACGUCGCGGAGGUCCACGCUGCCCUGCUGGCUGCGCUCGUGCUCCAUGGCUUGCCGCUGCAGCAGGCCAGGGACGCCAGCCCCUGGUUCUUCCCCUCGGCCGCCUGGAUGCGAGACGCCCUCGAGCGCAUCGGGUUUGUCGUCGACUCCCUCGAGGUCGAGUACAGGCCGACCAUGCUCUCCGGUGGGAGUGACUCCGGAAGCAAAGACACCGGAAUUGCAGGAUGGGUCAGGCUCAUGGGCGCCUCCAUGAUAGAGACUCUGCCUCCCCAGGCCCGCGAGGACGCCAUCCGCUCGGCCUGCGACCUGCUGCACUCCGUCAUCUCGCGCGAGGACGGUUCCUGCUGGCUCGGCUACGUCCGUCUCAGGGGGGUUGCCCGAAGACCCGUCCUGUAA